AUGGAGCGGCGGGUGCUGUGUGCGGGGCUGUACUGGCUGCUGCUGCCGCUCGCUCUGCUCGCUGCCUGCCUUUUCCGCUUCAACGUCCUCUCCCUGGUGUACCUGCUCUUCCUGCUGCUCCUGCCCUGGUUCCCGGGGCCCUCCCAGAGCUCUGCUCGAGGUCACCCUGGCCACCUUCUCAAAGCUCUGCUGGGGACCAGCAUCCUCUUCUUCAUUGCCCACGUUGUUUUCCAAGUAUGCCUGUACACACUGCCUGUCCUGGACCAGCUGCUGGGGCCCAGCUGCAGCACCUGGGAGGUCCUUGCCCGCCACAUUGGGGUCACCAGGCUGGACUUGAAAGAUGUCCCCAACUCAGUGCGUCUGGUGGCCCCUGACGUUGGCAUCCUGCUGGUCUCCUCCCUCUGCCUGUGUCUGUGCCGCUCCCUUGUCCCCAAGGCCAGCACUGCCCCCCGCAGCUGGCGCCCAGAGUCCCUGGAGCAGGGGGAAGAGGACACGGAGCAGCAGGGUGGCAGGGCCGACAGGGCUGCACUGCUCAGCACCAGGCUGCGGGAGACGGCUCACUGGCUGCUCUGGGCCGCUGGGAAGGGUUUGGCUGUCCUGCUGCUGGCCUUGGCUGGGAUCACCCUGCCCUCCGCCUCCUCCAGCAUCUACUACCUGCUCUUCGUGGGGCUCUGCACGUGGUGGGCCUGCCACCUCCCUGCCAGCCGCCUGGCCUUUGACAUCCUCUGCAUCCUCGCUGGCAUCUAUGCCGCCAGCCACCUCCUCUGCCUCUAUGCCUACCAGACACCCUUCAUCCAGGGGGUCUUCCCGCCCCCCACCAUCUGGGCACGGUUGUUUGGCUUCAAGGACAUUAUCCUGUACCACAACUGCUCCUGGCCCAAUGCUCUGGUGCUCAACACCAGCCACCCCUGGCCUGUCUAUGCCAACCCUGGCAUCCUGCUGCUGCUCUACUAUACCAUGGCCACCCUGGUGAAGCUGCGCCGCUUGGAUGCCAAGAGAGCCAUGGCACGAGCGCAGCCACCAAGGAGAUGCCCAGCAAGCGAGCUGCUAGAGCUGGAGAGCUGGCCCAAGGACACUGAUGGUGUGACUGAGGACACCAAGCCCAUGCUGUCCCCCAGCACGGGGAAUCCAGGCAGCAGCACUGAGAACUGCACCGUCCACGUCAUGGCCAACUCGCCACAGCCAGGCAGGAGGCGACCCUCCGAGCGACUGCUCCUGCGCACCCUGGGCCACGUCAUCAUGAAGCAGAGCUACGUCUGCGCACUCAUCGCCAUGAUGGUGUGGAGCAUCACCUACCACAGCUGGCUGACCUUCGUGCUGCUGCUCUGGGCAUGCCUGAUCUGGAUAGUGCGGAGCCGGCAUCACUUCGCCAUGCUCUGCUCGCCCUUCCUCCUCCUCUAUGGCAUCGCUCUCUGCAGCCUUCAGUAUGUCUGGGGCAUGGACCUGGUCCCUGAGCUGCCCACCCGUGUUGGUUUCAUGAGCCUCGAGCAGCUGGGCCUGGUCCACCCCAAAUAUCCCUGCUUGGACCUGGGGGCUAAGCUCCUGCUCACCUUGACCUUCUGGCUGCUGCUGCGGGACUUUGUCAAGGAGAAGGUGCUAACGAGGAGGAGUCCAACCACCCCGCUGCUGGAGGUGACCAUCUCCUCAGACGCAGAGUCCAGCCGGCAGCGGGACGUGCUGAAGGCGCUGGGCGCCCUGGUGACAGAUUUCUAUGCCAAGUACUGGAUCUGUGUCUGUGCUGGCAUGUUCAUCGUGGUCAGCUUCGCCGGGCGCCUCGUGCUCUACAAGAUUGUCUACAUGUUCCUCUUCCUCCUCUGCCUCACCCUCUUCCAGGUGUACUACAGCCUGUGGCGCAAGGUGCUGAAGGGCUUCUGGUGGCUGGUGGUGGCGUACACCAUGCUGGUCCUCAUCGCCAUCUACACCUUCCAGUUUGAGGACUUCCCCAUGUACUGGAGGAACCUGACAGGUCUCACCGAUGAGCAGCUUGGUGACCUGGGUCUGGAGCAAUUCAGUGUCUCCGAGCUCUUCACCAGCACCCUCAUCCCAGGCUUCUUCCUCCUCGCCUGUAUCCUCCAGCUCCAUUACUUCCACCGUCCCUUCAUGCACAUCACCGACCUGGACCAUGUCCCCACCACCACUCCACCCACCUGCCACAUUCCCAGGCCUGAGGAGCUUCACGGGAGCCGGCUGCUGCGGGACGCGGCUGCUGCUGAGCAUGCCAGGGAGGAUGACUCCGACACCGCAUCCCAGGUGCCCACCAAAUGGGGUCUGGUGCUGGAGCGCCUGAUCGUGCUGGGCUGGACCUUCUCGGACAUGCUGACCCGCACCCAGGUCUUUGUGGGGCGGGUGCUGGAGCUCCACAUCCUCAAGCUGGUGGCUCUCUACACUGUUUGGGUGGCCUUGGAGGAGGUAUCAGUGAUGAACUUCUUGCUGGUGCUGCUGUGGACUUUUGCCAUGCCCUACUGCCGCUUCCGCCACAUGGCCUCCUGCCUCUCCACUGUCUGGACCUGCAUCAUCAUUGUCUGCAAGAUGCUCUACCAGCUCAAGAUCGUCAACCCCAGCGAGUACUCCAGCAACUGCACCCAGCCUCAGCUCAAUGGCACCAACCUGAGCCCUCAGGAGCUGGUCAACUCCACCCUGUACCGUGGCCCCGUGGACCCUGCCAACUGGUUCGGUGUCCGCAAGGGCUACCCCAACUUGGGCUACAUCCAGAACCACCUCCAGGUGCUGCUGCUGCUGGUGUUUGAGGCGAUGGUGUACCGGCGCCAGGAGUACUACCGCAAGCAGCACCAGCUGGUGGCCCCCAUCACCGAGACCAUCUUUGAAGACAUCUCCCGCGAGCACCUCGACCAAGGCGUUGUCAGCUGUGCCAAAUACUUCCUCAACUACUUCUACUACAAGUUUGGCUUGGAGAUCUGCUUCCUGAUGACAGUGAACGUGAUCGGGCAGCGGAUGAACUUCCUGGUGAUCCUCCAUGGCUGCUGGCUGGUGGUCAUCCUGACGCGGCGCCGGCGGGCGGCCAUCGCCCGCCUCUGGCCCAAGUACUGCCUCUUCCUCGUCAUCUUCCUCCUCUACCAGUACCUGCUCUGCGUGGGCAUGCCGCCCGCCCUCUGUGUGGACUAUCCGUGGCGCUGGAGCAAAGCCCUCCCCAUCAACUCGGCACUCAUCAAGUGGCUCUACCUGCCUGACUUCUUCAUGGCACCCAAAUCCUCCAACCUCAUCAAUGACUUUGUGCUGCUGCUGUGUGUGGCGCAGCAGUGGCGAGUGUUCGAGGCCGAGCGCACUGAGGAGUGGAUGCGGGCAGCUGGGGACAACAGUGACAGGCUGGACCUGGCACAGGACCCCCACAACCCCACCCCCAACUUCAUCCACUGCAGGUCAUACCUGGACAUGGCAAAGGUCGUGGUGUUCCGCUACCUCUUCUGGUUUGUGCUGGUGGUGGUCUUCAUCACGGGGGCCACCCGCAUCAGCCUCUUCGGCCUCGGCUACCUGCUGGCCUGCUUCUACCUGCUGCUGUUCGGCACCGCCAUGCUGCGCAAGCCGGCACGGGCUCGCCUCGUGCUCUGGGACUGCCUCAUCCUCUACAACAUCACUGUCAUCAUCUCCAAGAACAUGCUGUCGCUCCUCUCCUGCGUCUUCGUGCAGCAGAUGCAGAGCAACUUCUGCUGGGUGAUUCAGCUCUUCAGCCUGGUCUGCACCGUCAAGGGCUACUAUGACCCCAAGGAGAUGGGCAAGGACCAGGACUGCUUGCUGCCCGUGGAGGAGGCGGGCAUCAUCUGGGACAGCAUCUGCUUCUUCUUCCUCCUGCUCCAGCGUCGCAUCUUCCUCAGCUACUACUUCUUGCAUGUCAUGCUGGACUUCCAGGCCUCUGCUCUGCAGGCUUCCAGGGGCGUUGCGUUGUUCAAGGCCAGCACCCUGAAGAGGAUGCGCUACCACCGGCAAGCCGAGAAGAAGUCACUGGCCCAGCUGAAGCGGCAGAUGGAGCGGAUCCGAGCCAAGCAGGAGAAGUACCACCAGGGGCGACUGCGCAGUGGCAUCAGCGAGAGACAGGAUGCCAGGGCAGAUGCCCCCAGCAGCCCUGUGGACCCCCCCCAGCAGAGGACUCGGUGGUGGCGGCCAUGGUUAGACCACGCCGCAGUGCUUCACUCUGGGGAAUACUUCCUCUUUGAGUCGGACAGUGAGGAGGAGGAGGAGGCAGCAGUGCCAGAGGAGCCACGGCCAGGCAGGCAGAGUGCCUUCCAGCUCGUCUAUCAGGCCUGGGUGACCAACACCAGGACAGCACUGCAGCAGCAGGAGCAGCCAGAGGCACCCAGUGCUGAGCAUGCUGCAGGAGACAGUGGAGCGAGGGAGGAGGAGUUGGAGACACCUGAAGAAGCGGAAGGCCGGGAGGAAGAGCAAGAGGAGGAGGAGGAGGAGGAAGGCUCUGCAGAGCACAGCAACGUGGUGCAGCGGGUGCUGAGCGUGCUGCGGUUCGGGUGGGUGCUGUGCCAGGCCGUGGUGGAUGGCCUGACCCAGUGGCUGGAUGCCUGCACCCAGGAGCACGGCGACAUGUCCUGCGUCCUGCGCCUCGAGAGAUACGUCCUCAGCCGCCGCCUGGCCACGGGAGAGGACAUGCACCGUGGGGUCCUGGAUGAGCUCUACCUGCCACCAUCACCUGAAGAGCUCCCCGAGGAGCUGCGUCCACAGUGGGCAGGGUGUGCAAAUUCCCAAACUAACAUCGCUUCCAGGCAGGUGCAUAGAAACCCCCCGAGGGGGCAGUGGGAAAGGCCUGCUGGGCACAGGGAGCAGGCGACAACCUGGAGGUCCCUAGAGAAUGUGGCUGGGUCUCAGGAGCUCCUGGCUCUGCCCCAGAACCGGAGCCGGACUGCCAGCGAGCUCCUCCUGAGCAGGAGACUCUACUUCCCCGAGCUGGAAGAGUCGGAGAAGUUCUAUCGGUCCCGCAACCGGUUCCUGAAGCUGCUGCUGGCCGGGUACCGCUGCGUGGCUGCCCACUCGGAGCUGCUCUGCUACUUCAUCAUCAUCCUCAACAACAUGGUGACCGCCUCCGUCAUCUCCCUCUUCCUGCCCAUCCUCGUCUUCCUCUGGGCCAUGCUUUCCAUCCCCCGGCCCAGCAAGCGCUUCUGGAUGACUGCCAUCAUCUUCACUGAGGUGACGGUGGUGGUGAAGUACCUCUUCCAGUUUGGGUUCUUCCCCUGGAAUGGCUAUGCCAUGCUGGUGCGCAAUGAGGGCAAGCCCUUCUUCCCACCACGCAUCCUGGGCUUGGAGAAGACCGACCACUACGUCAAGUAUGACCUCAUCCAGCUCCUGGCACUCUUCUUCCAUCGCUCCCAGCUGCUGUCCUAUGGUCUGUGGGACCAUGAGGAGGAUCCCUUCCUCAAGAAGAAGACAGAGGAUGAGGAAGAGGAGGAGAGGCAGGAGGAAGCAGCAUCCCCACCGCUUGCAGUGGGUGAGGAAGGGUCAGAGGUGGUGGCAGAGCCAAGGGCAGCAGGCGCAGCCGUGGGGCCAGAGCCGCAGGGCAAUACCAUGGAGCAGGAAGAGGGACCUGGGAACACGCAGCUCCGCUUCAGGAGGAAGAGGAGGCGAGGGAGGAAGCAGCCAGAGGUGGCUCUGGAGGAAGAGGAUGAGGAAAAGGAGGAAGAGGGUGAGAAAAAGGAGGAAGAGGAGAAGGAGGAAGAGGCCAAAGGAAACCAUGCUCAGAGGAAGAUGAAGGCAUUUGGGCUGCGGGUCAAGCUCUUCUUCCUCACCAUGGCACAGAACAUGUACCAGCCUGUGCGUGGCUUCUUCCGGGACAUCCUGCACACCCAGCAACGGGCAGCCACCGACGUCUAUGCCUUCAUGUUCCUGGCUGAUGUGGUUGACUUCAUCAUCAUCAUCUUCGGCUUCUGGGCCUUUGGGAAACACUCAGCAGCUGCAGACAUCACCUCCUCACUGUCAGAUGACCAAGUGCCAGAGGCCUUCCUGGUCAUGCUGCUCAUCCAGUUCACCACCAUGGUCAUUGACCGUGCCUUGUACCUCCGCAAGACUGUGCUGGGCAAGCUCAUCUUCCAGGUCAUCUUGGUCUUCAGCAUCCACCUCUGGAUGUUCUUCAUCCUGCCAGCUGUCACUGAAAGGUUGUUCAACCUCAACAUGGUGGCCCAGCUGUGGUACUUUGUGAAGUGCAUCUACUUCGCACUGUCAGCAUACCAGAUCCGCUGCGGCUACCCCACCUGCAUUCUGGGCAACUUCCUCACCAAGAAAUACAACCACCUCAACCUCUUCCUCUUCCAAGGGUUUCGCCUUGUGCCCUUCCUGGUGGAGCUGCGGGCUGUCAUGGACUGGGUCUGGACAGACACCACACUGUCCCUCUCCAACUGGAUGUGUGUGGAGGACAUCUACGCCAACAUCUUCAUCAUCAAGUGCAGCCGUGAAACAGAGAAGAAAUACCCCCAGCCCAGGGGGCAGAAGAAGAAGAAAAUUGUGAAGUAUGGCAUGGGUGGCCUCAUCAUCCUCUUCCUCGUGGCCAUCAUCUGGUUCCCACUGCUUUUCAUGUCUCUGGUGCGCUCUGUGGUGGGUGUGGUGAACCACCCCAUCGACGUCACCGUCACCCUCAAGCUGGGGGGGUACGAGCCACUCUUCACCAUGAGUGCACAGCAGCAAUCCAUCCAACCCUUCACCCCCCGAGACUAUGAAGACCUCACCAAAAAGUUUGAGAGGCAGCCGGUUGCCAUGCAGUUCAUCACGCUGUACGGCUACGAGGACAUCGUGACGGCUCGCAUCGAGGGCAGCUCGGGCUCGCUGUGGAGCAUCAGCCCCCCCAGCCGCGAGCAGAUGCGCAGGGAGCUGCAGAAUGGCUCCUCGGACAUCACCCUGCGCCUCACCUGGACCUUCCAGAGGGACCUGGGCAAGGGGGGCACAGUGGAGCACACCUUCGACAAGCACACCACCGACCUGCAGCCUGGGGCACCUCAACGCAUGGAGCUGGCCCAGCUGCUGCAGGGCACCCGCAGCACCCCUGUGCGAGUGCCCAAACUCUUCCCCAGAUACAUCCGGGCACCCAAUGGCCCAGAAGCCAACCCUGUCAAGCAGCUGCUGCCAGAUGGCGAGGACAGUUACCUGGAUGUGGAGGUGCAGCUGAAACGGGAGCGCGCAGGCACUGGCCGAGGAGGAGACAGAUUCUUGGAGUGGUGGGUGGUGAAACUGAAAGAAGACCCUCCCCGAGAUGACAACAUCCUGCCCAUGGUCAUCUUCAACGAUAAAGUCAGCCCCCCCAGCCUGGGCUUCUUGGCUGGCUAUGGGAUCAUGGGGCUGUACGUCUCCAUCGUGCUGGUGAUCGGGAAGUUUGUGCGGGGUUUCUUCAGCGAGAUCUCCCACUCCAUCAUGUUUGAGGAGCUGCCCUGCGUGGACCGGAUCUUGAAGCUGUGCCAGGACAUCUUCCUGGUGCGGGAGACGGGCGAGCUGGAGCUGGAGGAAGAGCUCUACGCCAAGCUCAUCUUCCUCUACCGCUCCCCCGAGACCAUGAUCAAGUGGACACGGGAGAAGGAAUAAGGGGAAGGGGCUCUGGACCUCCCAACCCCAUUCCCAAGGACAUCACCACCAAUGCCUUAACCAGCCCCCACCAAGGCUGGGGCCGUAUCCUGCCGGGGGAGGCAGUGGGACGCAGGGUGCUCAGCACUCAGUUUUCAGGAGGAUGUUUUUUCUUACUCUGUUCUGAAGCCAUCCAGACCUGAGGAGACCACGUUGUGCCUUCCUGGGUGGGGGACAGGAGUGCGCCCCCCACCACCACGCUGGGCACCCCUGACUGUUGGGGGGGAGGGGGAGGAUCUGGCCCAUGCACCCUCCCCACUCCUCCCAGCCCUGCUCCAGAACCAGGGUGGACUCAAAAGCAAUAGCCCCCCAGCCCAAGGAUGGGGGGCCCUGGGUCAUGGCCUCCCAACCCAAGCCAAGCUGGGUGGGUGGGGGCUGGUAGCCCCAGCUGGACUCUAGACACUUGGGACUUUGGUUUUGUUUGGGUUUUUAUUAAUUCAAAUGGUUUAUUUAUACAGAAUCCAAUAAAACCAAG